AUGGCUGCCGAUAUCCCGAAGGUAGUCCCUUUGACAUGCCACGGACAUUCUCGUCCAGUGACGCAUCUGAGCUUCUCUUCCACUGUUGAAGACGAGCAAUAUUAUUUUAUUUCAUCAUGCAAAGGUGUGAGAAGUCAAAUUCCUGAAAUCACUGCAUUCACUAACAAACCACAGAUAAUAACCCAAUGCUUCGUGAUGGCAUUACGGGAGACUGGAUUGGUACAUUCCUUGGCCACAAAGGUGCCGUAUGGCAAGCCCGACUCUCGGCAGAUGCCGCCAUCUCAGCAACAGCAGCAGCCGAUUUCUCAGCGCGAAUGUCUACACACUCUGCAACACGCACAUAUCGUGCGAUCAGUAGCAUUCCCCAUUCAAGCAAACCCUCAAGUCCUAGCAACAGGCGGCGCAGAGAAGAAGCUCCGAAUCUUCGAUCUAACGCGCGGAGGCAGCAGCUCAACACCCCCAACUCCAUCAGCUUCAAGUGCAACAACAGAAAACGGGGUAUCAAGCUAUGAAAUAGGUGCCGGUGUUCACAACGGCACCAUCAAGUCUAUUGUCUGGAACCAGGAUUACAAUGUCGUCACUACUGCAGCUGAGGACCGGAAGGUCCGGUGGUGGGAUCUGCGCUCGCGUCACCCAAUAGUUGAGCUUGGGGUUGACGGGCCCAUUGGAUCUUGUGAGCUUAACAAUCUUGCGACGAGACCUAAUGACUCCGGUAUCUUGACUGUUGCGGCGGGCAAGAGUGUUUAUCUUUACGAUGGUGUGCAACCUGGGAGGUUGCUUAAGAAGGUUGAUUUCGACUAUGACGUUGCCAGUGCGGCUGUCAACAGUGAGUCUGGUCGUCUGGUUACGGGCAGUGCGAAUGAUACCUGGGCGCGGGUUUAUGACUUGAACACGAAUGAAGAGCUUGAGGUUCAAAAGGGUCACCAUGGUCCUAUCUGGUCUGUCAGUUUCUCCCCCGAUGGCAAGCUUUACGGAACCGGUAGUGAGGACGGAACGAUUAAGUUGUGGAAAGCUUGCCGGGAGCCUUACGGGCUGUGGAGAUAG